GUUGGGCUCUCCUAUGUUUAGCUCCUCCUCUCUAGACGCGAGUUUCCGUCACAAAUAACCCAUAACCUAUCAUUUCCAGUUUGUUUUUGGUGUUGAGUGUUGCUAGAAAUCGAAACUAAUUUUGUAGUUGCAGUUGUUAUUUAUAUAAAUAUACAUUUACGUUUACAAACGGUUUUGUUCUACGCGAUUAGUUUUAUACUACUGUAAAGUGUAGACUGACUCUCUCCGAAAUUCGUUUAGCAACGUGUGUGUGAUCUUAAAUAUGGGUCGCCGUAAACCGGGUUUUAGAAAGAAUCACUACUUCAGCCAUCAAAGAAAAGGAAAGUCACCACCACCGCAAAGUGAUGAUAGGAAGCCUUACAAUGAUAUUGUCAGGGAAAAUGAGAAGUUUGUCGAGUACUAUAAGACUCAAAAUGUGUGCGAUCCUGAAGAAUUUGACGACUUCAUUUCGACUAUGAAAAAGGAUUUACCAUCGACCUUUCGAAUCACUGGAUCUAAAGGAGUGGCAAAGAAAAUGUUAUCUCUAGUUGAACGAGAACUAAUUACAGAGUGUAUCCAAAAUGCUACGCCCGGGAAACCGACAAAUAUGUUUCCUUUGCCCUGGUAUCCGGAUAAAUUAGCUUGGCAAUUGGAAUUGACAAGAAAAGAUAUCCGUAGCGUGGAAGCUUACUACAAACUACACAACUUUUUAAUUUCCGAGACAGAACAUGGUACGAUUUCUAGACAGGAAACGGUUAGCAUGAUUCCUCCAUUAGUACUGGACGUUCAACCGCACCAUAAAAUUUUGGAUAUGUGUGCUGCUCCUGGCUCCAAGACAGCACAGCUUCUCGAAUUAUUGCAUAGCAGUGGCGAUCCAAUUCCCUCUGGAUAUGUCAUAGCAAAUGAUGUUGAUAAUAAGCGUUGCUACAUGUUAGUCCAUCAAGCUAAACGUCUCAACUCACCAUGCGUUGCGGUCAUUAAUCAUGACAGUGCCCUGCUUCCGAAUAUAUUUGAGAGUCUCCCCGAUGGCUCAACCCAACAGGUUCAACUUGAUCGAAUUUUGUGUGACGURCCAUGUUCUGGAGACGGCACAAUGAGGAAGAAUCCUGAUAUUUGGAUGAAGUGGACUCCCGCGAAUGCUCUUAAUCUACAUGGGAUCCAGUAUAGAAUUUUGAGACGAGCCACUGAACUACUUGCACAGGGAGGGCGAAUAGUAUAUUCUACUUGCUCGAUCAAUCCCAUCGAGAACGAAGCUGUUAUUCACAGAAUGCUGGCAAAAGCUAAUGGAUCCUUGGAAUUGGUAGAUGUAUCUGGUUCUCUUCCUGGGCUGAAGUUUAAACCUGGCAUGGACAACUGGUUGGUUUCGAGUCGAAAUUUGGAGUUCUACAAGAAUUUUGAGGAAGUCGAUGAGAAGUGGAGAACGACCAUUAGACCGCAAAUGUUUCCUCCAGAUAGCGAGACUCGAGCCAAAUUUAAUUUGAACAGAUGUAUCAGGAUACUUCCUCAUCAGCAAAACACUGGGGCUUUUUUCGUCGCAGUGUUGCGAAAAGUUGGACCAUUUACGACAAAGGAAAAGAGGAACGAAACCGACAAUGUAGGACCUGAAAAGCCCAGUAGCAAAGGGGACUUUGAUGAAAGAUUACCUCAAAAUCAAAGGAAGCGACGACGUAAGGAUGUCUAUAGGGAAGACCCGUAUGUGUUUUUCAAAGAGGGCGAAGAAGUUUGGUCCGAUAUUAAGUCAUUUUAUGACAUUUCUGAAAAGUUUGAUGAACAAUGUCUAUUGACAAGGUGCCACGAAGGCAAAAAGAAAAACAUCUACCUAACAUCUGCAGGAAUUCGCGACUUGGUCAUAACUAAUCAGUCGACUAUUAAAUUCAUCAAUACUGGCGUCAAGGCUUUUGUUCGAUGUGAUAACAAAAACAUGAAAUGUGCAUUCAGAGUUGCCAAUGACGGACUGGAAAGUAUCUACCCGUACAUCGGGAAUUGCAGAAAAGUAUCCAUACCAAUUGACGAUCUGAUAACUUUAUUGACGAAUAACACUCCCCAAAAUUCUCCGGCUAUAGCAUCUUUAUCAGAAAAUGUCCAACAGCAAGUGAAAGAUUUGGGUCCAGGUAGCUGUAUAUUAAUAUAUACCGAAAAAUCUGAUGACGACCAGAACGAUAUGCAGAUUCAUAUUAGUGGCUGGAGAGGGACCUCAUCUUUAAGAUGUUAUACCACUCAACACAGUACAGUACAUCUGUUAAGAUUACUUGGCGGAGAUAUAUCAAAAUAUGACGUGAACAAAUUUAAACCUCUUGAAGAAAACCCAGAAGCAACAACUAGCAACGAAGGUCACGAUCAGGCCCCUGAUCUAAACGGAGCUUAGUUUUCGUAUUCUAAAAUGACUUGAUUUAUCAAUCACACGAGUGUUAAAUUAUUUUUCGAUUUUUGUUUCAAUAAAAACGAAGAGUAAA